AUGGAGGGUCGAAAUAGAGUUUUUGCGGACACAACCGAGGAUAGCAGCACAUCCUCGGGACAUCGCGGACAUCGGCGAACAUUCGAGAUCAAGUCCACCCCUGCUAAUGCUGGCAAUUACGACUUUGUUAGUGCGAGACCUCCAGGAAAGAAGACUAAUGUCUUAGAGUCGGUAGGUCACCUGGUGAAGAGUUGUCUGGGCGGAGGUGUGGUGGCCAUUCACGAGUCAUAUAAAGCUUGUGGACUUUGGACUUCAAUGGUGCUCACCAUUUUUAUAGGAUUUCUGAUCAGUUACUGUAUGUAUAUGAUAGCGAAGUCGGCUCACAGGUUGUACGGUCGAUUGCACAUCUCAACGAUGUCUUAUCCUGAUGUCGCUGAAGCGGCGAUCGCUAUCUGUCCCUUUCCAAAAUUACGUAAAUAUAGCAAAUGCUUGAGGUACGCUGUGGAUUUUACAAUCUGUGUAGAUCUGUUCGGUUCGUGCUGCGUCUAUCAGGUUGUGAUCUGCAGAACUAUAAAGCAGCUAGUUGAGGGUACGGAUACGGUUACCCUCGAAGGAAAUCCACCCUUAAGAGUAUAUAUUUUAAUGCUGCUUAUACCCUGCAUAUUGAUAUGUAUGAUUACAACAUUGAAAUAUUUAGCACCGUUCUCUAUACUUGCUGAUGUGUUUCUACUUAUACUGGCUUGUGCUACAGUGUACUACGGUUGUUUAUAUUCCAAAGUGAGUAUUUUUGAAAUGCCUGCGUUUAAAAACAUGCCCGGUCUAUUCGAAUUCCUCGGGGUAUGUGUAUUCAGUAUGGAGGGCGUUGGUGUAACUAUGGCCAUUGAGAACAACAUGAAAGAGCCAAAGAAGAUUGGAAGAGUACUAGCUUUAGGUAUGAGCGUCGUUGUGGGAAUUGUCUUCGUAAUAGGAACCUUUGGCUAUUGGGGUUUCGGUGAAGAUUCCAAGUCUCCUGUUACACUGAACUUUCCAUUCACGGCGUUCUCGAUUGCUCUGAAAGUAUUCAUGGCGAUUAUUAUCUACGUAACAUUUGCACUCAACUUUUGGGUUCCAUUCGAUUUGGUCUGGUUCUACAUAAAGAAAAGAUAUCCCCCCUCAAAGUAUUGGCUUUGGGAAAGAGUGUACAGGGGGUCGUUUGUUGUAGUCAUCACACUGAUUGCCUUUGUCUUUCCCAACGUAUCAGCUUUUAUUGGAUUGCUUGGUUCAUUUUGCUUGUCAAAUAUGGGCUUUAUUUAUCCGGCAUUUAUCGAACUAUGCGUAGAAUGGGAGUACCCAGGUUUGGGCUUCAUGAAAUGGAGGCUAUUUAAAUGGAUAUUUAUCUGCAUCUUUGGUGUUUUUCUCGGCGUCUUUGGUACAUAUACUAAUGCUAAAGAAUUAAUUCGUCAAUCAUUUUAA